UAGGAGCUGACCUGGGUCCACUCAGAUCAAUAGCACCAGAGGGAGAGGACAGAGUCACCAGGAGCCUGUAGAGGACCCUUCAAGUCUGGACCCCCUUCUCUUCCUGCUUGAUGUGUAGGGACCUGGAAAGACCAAAGUCCUAGAAGGGGGGUCCACAGAACCCAGUAACCCUUGUGCUGUGUCUGCUCCUCCACCAUGUCCUUCCCACAGUUGGGCUACCAGUAUAUGAGACCCCUGUACCCCUCUGACAGGCAGAGUGUGGGAAGCAGCACCAGGAAUGGCACAGACCUCUCCCCGGCUGGGACUCUGUCUAAUGUGCUAUCCUCCAUGUAUGGGGCUCCUUAUGCUGCAGCUGCUGCAGCCCAAGCCUAUGGAGCCUUCCUGCCCUACACAACGGAGCUGCCCAUCUUCCCACAGCUGGGUUCCCAAUAUGAGGUGAAGGAUAGCCCAGGAGUUCAACAUGCAGCUUUCUCUCACCAUCACCCAGCUUUUUAUCCCUAUGGACAAUACCAGUUUGGAGAUCCUUCAAGGCCAAAAAAUGCCACAAGGGAGAGCACCAGCACCCUGAAGGCCUGGCUCAAUGAGCACAGGAAAAACCCUUAUCCCACCAAAGGUGAGAAGAUUAUGCUGGCCAUCAUCACCAAGAUGACUCUCACCCAAGUGUCCACCUGGUUUGCCAAUGCAAGGAGGAGGCUUAAAAAGGAGAAUAAAAUGACCUGGACCCCUAGGAGCAGGACAGACGAGGAGGGGAACUCCUAUGGAAGUGACCAUGAAGAAGAUAAACGAGAGGAUGAGGAGGAAAUAGAUCUGGAGAACAUAGACACUGAGGAAAUUGAGAGUAAAGAAGAUCUUGAUGACCAGGAUACUGAUAUCCAUUCUGACUGCAAAACUGACAUUAGGAGUGACUCUGAGGGUUCAGAUGGUUUUGAGGAUUUGAAUACCACUGAGGAGAGGUUCCUCAAAACAGUGGUUGGGGACAGAGUUUUGGAGGAGGACAAGUGUGACCUUUCUCCUGAUCCCAAAGCUCUUCAGCCUACCUGUGAACAGAUCAAACUGGAUAAUGUGUCUCCCAGCCCAUCCCAGGAGAACAAUUUAAUGGUGGCCCAUAAACCCAAAAUCUGGUCCUUGGCAGAGACUGCCACGGCUCCUGAUAACCCACGCAAGUCCCCCCACAGCAGUGGAACAGUGAGCACUCAGAGCUUAAUCCCACAACAUAAACUCAUCACCUGCCCAGGUAGCAGGUUCCAGUCUUGGACAGGGAGGGCCUUUUCUGCCCAGCAAUUAUCCUUACUGAACUCUGCUCACUUUCUUCACGGACUAAAUGUCACCAAUACAGCCAACGGUGCGGGCAAUGCAGCUUUCACGAAACUAGGGGAGCACACCCACAGCACAGACACUGUAACAGAUCGACAGAAUACGUUGGACUUAGAAAAAAAAAUUACAGCUUUUCAACCAGUGCAGAGAAGGUCUCAAAAUCAAAUCGAUGCUGCUAUGAUCCUUUCGGCAUUGUCUUCCUCAUAACAGUUUAUUAUUAUUUUUUUUAUAUAUAUAUAUAUUUUAUUAU